UGGCGGCGGGGCGGCGCCCCGCAGGCGGGGCAGCAUGGCGGGCGGCGGGAGCUGGCGGCCGCCGCGGCCGUGCGAGGACUACCGGUGGGAGUGGAAGCACUGCCGCGGCUGGCGGCACGCCUUCCACCAUUACUACGCGCACGGGGAGCUGCCGGCCUGCGACCGCUGGCGGGAGGACUACGAGGCCUGCCGGGCCUGGGAGAGGGACCGCGCCGCCGACGCGCAGGAAACUCUGUGCAAGAGUGAAAGAGCUCGGGUUAUGGAAAAACAGAAAUAUGCUCCAGUGUGGACAUUCAGGAAGAGCCCACCACCUGACUGGUACCUUCCACUUGACCAAGACAAACCAAAUUAGCAAGACUGUGAUGUUGCAGACCCUGAAACUGCAACCACUCUCCAUUGGUGGUGUGUGUCAAUGGCAGUAUUCAAAAUUGCUACAAAAAUAAAGGUUUAAAUGACUGGA